AUGGCCCACGAUGAGACUCGCAGCGGCCACCAGCCGAGCCUCGAUCAAUCACGGCCCUCGACGGCGAUGCGCGUCGAGGACGGUUCUGCGACGGACACUGAGCCGCACGACACCGAGCACGAAUUGCACGAUGCCGCGCCCCACGACGGCGCCGACGCCGCAGACGAUUCCCUUCUCGAUCCUCACCCUCUACCAACAAUCGCCCCUCCACCACCCCAGGCCGCAUCGCCAGGCCGUCCCGAGAGCAGCCUCAUCGAGACGACGGCCGUCGACCAGACGCGCGCCCCCGACGAGACCAUGACCGAAGAGGCCGUCCGCCGGCACCUGCAAGACGUCGAGUCGAGCUUCCUGCCCACGCUGUCGCCCAUCGCCACGGGCUCGACCAACGGCGAGGGCGGCGUCGACGACUCGUACGUGUUUGACUCGCCCGACAAGGCCGCGGCUCGCCCCCUGCCGCAGCGCGACGACGACAACGACGACGACGCCACGGCCGUCAGCAACACCACAUCCAACCUCGAGACGCUCGACUCGUCGCCGACCGCCGCGGCCGCCGCGAGGACCAUUUCCCGCGCCGUCAGCAUGGCGACGAAUCCCGGGGGGGACAGCAUCAACGCUCGGGGAGACAGCAUCUACGGUCCUGGCGAGGACAGCAUCGCCGACGAGGACGCCGCCGCCGCCUCCACGUCGCAGUCCGUCUCCGAAAGACUAGACGCGGGCAGCACGCCGGGCAACUCGCUGCGCGUCGGCAAGCGCCCGCGAUACCUCCGCAGCCGCUUCGGCAGCCAGCGCUCGUCGACGUCGUCGUUUGUCACCAACCCCGAGUCCCACGACGGCAGCGAGGCGACCGUCGGCCACGGCCUCGACUACGCCCUGCACUCGGGCGGCGCGGUGCCGGCCUCGGGCAUGCCGCGCGGGCCGAGCGUCGGGCUCCCCCGGGCCAUCAGCUUCGGCAGCGUCGCCUCGGGCGUGGGCGCCGACGACUACGACGCGUCCCCCGGCCACCAGCUCGAGCCGCUCGCGGAAAUCGACAGCCCGCCGCAGAGGCGCCGCGACGGCACGGACCCGAUGAGCACGCCCAAGCCGUCGAGGGAGCGCCUCGACGCCGCCGCCGCGCCGACCGACACCGUCAUCGCGCAGCACGUCAGGAACGUGCACGUGCCGCCGUCGCUGGCCAAGGAAUACAAGUCCAAGAACGGGCUCCAGACGCCGCGGCGGCCAUCAGCCCUGACGGCGAGCAUCGGGACCACCGCGGCCGGGCGCCCGGGCAAGAACCUGACGCUCAAGGAGCAGAGCAGCACCAUCGAGCGCCUGUCCAAGGAGAACUUUGACCUCAAGCUCAAGGUCAUGUUCCUCAGCGACCGCCUCGACAAGCUGUCCGAGGAGGGCAUCAAGGAGAUGAUUUCGGAAAACGUCAACCUCAAGACCAACUACGCUGUGCUGCAGCGCGACAACAAGAUGCUGCGGAAGCGGGUCAAGGAGCUGGAGCGCCAGGCCAGGGAGGACGACGACAACGCCCGCCCCGGCACGGCGCGCAGCGGCGCCGACUCGGCGGACCAGCAGCACGCGCCGCGGAUGGACGACGACGAGGCCCAGGAGCGCGAGGUGGAGCUGCUGUACCUGCGGGAGCGCGUCGAGGAGUACGCGUCCGAGAUUGAGCGGCUGCGCAACGAGGGCGUGCACCGCGAAAACGAAAAGCGCAAGAUGGCCGACCUGGUCAAGACCAUGGGCGACCGCGCGGGCGAGAGCCUCGGGCGCCAGGAGGAGGCCGACGUCUGGAAGGACCUGCUGGAGCAGGAGACGGCGCGCCGGGAGCAGGCCGACGAGGACAACGCCAGGCUGCGCGACGACGUGUUUCGGCUCAAGCGCGAGCUGUCGGCGGCGGCAGCGACCGCGACCGGGGGCCAGGGCGUCGCGCCGAUGCACCACACGACCAACAUCUACAACAUCACCAAGAAGCACAGGGACCCCAACGCGUCGCCGUCCCGCCCCGUGUCGGGCCUGUCGGGCGACGUCGAGGAGUCGCACGCCGGCCUGAGCGCGGCCACGACGCUCGUCGAGGACCUGCGCCGGGAGAGCGAGCAGCUGCGCCACGAAAACGCCGAGCUGCGCCGCGAGGUCGGCGCCCAGACGUCGAUGCUGGUGUCGCGGAACCGCGAAAAGGACCGCCUGUACUCGGAGAUUGAGGAGCUCAAGAUGGCGCAGCGGCGGGCGGCGGGCGGGGGCGUCGGGAUCGGCGGGGGUGUCGGCGGGGGCGUCGCGGCGUCGACCGUCGACAGCAUCCUCGAGCGGUCCGCGUCGCGCGCCGGAGGACCCGAGCGGCCCGGCUCGCGGGGCAGCGCCAGGACCCGGCAGACGCUGGCCGAGGACGACGAGGCGGAGCGGGAGGAGCUCGAGAACAGGCUGGCCGAGGCGCGCGACCGGCUCAGCGAGGCCAAGCUGCAGAACCAGGAGCUGCAGCGCGAGCUCGAGGCGUGCAUGCACGACUUCGAGACGGCCGUCGAGGACAAGCGGCGGGCCGAGGAGACGGCGCUGACGCUGCAGGAGGACCUCGAGACGGCCGUCGGCGACCUGGUGGCGAUCCAGGCCGAGCGCGACGAGGCGCUGCGCGAGCAGGGCGACAUGGAGGGCGAGUUCGAGGCGCUCCGCCGCGAGGCGCAGGACGAGAUCGACGCGCUCGAGGCCGAGGCGGACCAGCGCAACGAGGACGUGGAGCGGCUGCAGGCCGACCUGAGGGACCGGACCGAAAACUUUGACGCCUUGCAGGAAGAGAUGCGCAAGAUGAGCGAGGCCCUCGUCGGGCUCGAGGACGACCAGGACGACAAGAUGCGGCGGGUGGCGCAGCUCGAGGAGGAGCUCGAGGCGUCCAACCGGGAGCUCGAGGAGCUGGAGCGCAAGCUCAUCGAGGCCAACGACAAGAACCAGCGGCUCGCGGUGCAGCUCGAGUCGUCGCAGGGCGAGGUGGCGUUUCUGCGCGAGGAGCAGGAGGCGGACAAGAUCCGCAUCGGCGACGUCGAGGCGGCGCUGGCGCACACCGAACAAGGGCUGCGCGACGAGCGCGAGCGCGCCCGCGAGCUCGACGGCCGCCUGCAGCAGGAGCGCGUGCAGCGCGAGGUGGUGGCCGGCCGCGAAAAGGAGGAGGUGCAGCAGAUCGUCAACGAGCUCAACCGCGAGGCGUCGGCGGCCAAGGACGAGGUGCGCCGGCUGCGCAAGAGCCUGUCGUCGCGCGAGGUCGAGGCCACCGAGUGGAAGGAGAGGCUGAUUGAGCUGGAGAACAACCUCCGGGAGGCGCUGGGCGACCUCAACGGCACCCGGUCGUCGCUCCUCAAGUCCAUCGCCAAGAUGCAGCGCGAGCUCGAGAACACGGUGCGCGAGCUCGACGGCUCCCGGGCCGCCGUCAACGAAAAGGACCGCCUCAUCAAGCAGCGCGACGCCCUGCUCGAGUCGCACGCGCUCGAGAGCCGCCGCGUCGCCGAGCUGCUCGACAAGGAGCGCGUCGCCCACCGCAACACCAAGUCGCAGUUCGACACGUUCCAGAAGACGCACAGCCACCUGACGCAGACGGCCAGCACCCAGGACGUGCGCAUCGCCGAGCUCGAGACCACCCGCGGCCAGGACCGCCGCCGCCUCGCCCAGCUCGAGCAGACGGCCCGCGACCAGCUGCGCGAGCGCAACGAGCUGCUGCUGGCCCUGUGGCAGCACCUCAGCGCCCUCUGCGGCCGCGAGUGGCUCAACAACAACGCCCUCGUCGACCGCCAGGUCGUGCCCUCGGUCGAGGUCAUCGCCAGCCGCCUGCCCGGCUUCUCCAAGAACCUGCUCGCCGCCGUCAAGGCCGUCGAGGCCAUGUUUGCGUCGCUGCAGGCCAAGAUCCGCGCCGUCGAGCGCGACCUGCACCGCGAGUACCAGGCCCUCGAGAACAACCUCGACGUGCGCGUCAAGAAGCUCGACCGCCUCGAGGCCAUGGUGCGCAACUCGAUCGCCGCGGGACCCCUCGCCCACGACGUGCAGGGCCGCAUGCAGCGCCUCGAGGACGCCUACCGCCAGCUCAAGGUCGAAAACGCCACGCUGCGCACCGCCCACGACGUCCGCAGCCGCGCCUCGCACGCCGACGGCGCCCUGGCCUACGCGGGCGGCAGCGGUGGCAGCGGUGGCGGCUCCCCGUCGCCGGCCGUGCCGCGCGGGCCCAACGACCGCGACAGGAGCCGGUCGUCGCGCCAGGAGCGGAGCAGUAGGUCUGCGGGCUCGACGGCGAGCGGCAUCCCGCGCCCGGCGGCCCCGUCGACCACCUACGGGGCCAUGGACGUGGCGCUCGCCGGGGACGCCGAGGGUGGGGCCGGCAGCGGCAACAACAACAACAACGACAACCGCUGGCUGUUCCGGCUGCGCGACAUGGAGUACAAGCUCAAGAUGGAGCGCGAGGGGCGCAACCAGGAUCGUCAGGCGGCGCGCCAGCGGCUGGGGGGGCUGGAGCUGGAGAACCGCGACCUGCGGGAUCGCAUGCGGCGCAGCGAGGAAUAG